CUCGCGAGGAGGAAAAACAACUCGGUGUGCGUCGCGCGCUGCGCACGCCCCGGCCGCCUCGAGUAGUAGCGGCCCAGUAGUCGGACGGCUGUCAGUCAGCCGUAGACCCGCGGCCGUGGCGGACGUGCCACGGGUGUGUUUCCCUGCCGCACGUUGGAGAACGCACGUGACUGCCCGCGAGGGAGACGGAGGAGAGUUUUACGCGCGCUGCGCUUGGCGAACGACGCUAUGGCGAUGUAUAAUACCAGGAUUCUAUACCAUGGCGUUUUGUUGCUGCUCGCAGCGACGACCAGCACGGAUUCGACAAAAUGCUCCCGGAUCAUAGAAGGGACCACCGUGCCGCGCUCCCACGCCGAGGGCAAAUAUCACUUUUUCAUGACGCUUUUCAACAGAACCGAGGUUGUGUACGCCUACAUGCCAAAUACGAAAUAUAACGUGGUCCUGCAGGCCGACAGUUCCGAGCAGAUGCACCGGAAGUUCACGAGAUUCCUGAUAUCAGCCGAGGCCGAAAACGCGAACGAGACGGCCGACGUCGGCGUUUUCGAUCUUCAGGACGAUGCGAUGACCAAAUUCGCGGAUAAUUGCGCGAACGCCGUCGUGGAGACAUCGAAGAUGCAGAAGGAACAGAUACAAAUUGUUUGGACCAGUCCUGCCGAAGGUAGCGGUUGCAUCCUUCUCAGAGCGACAGUAUUGGAGACCACAGACACAUGGUACAUGGACGAUUCAAAUUUGGUCCUUAGUAUGUGCCAGGACUCGAAAGCGGAAGCCGACGAUCAGGGCCCAGUCCUUGCGGAGUGCUGUGCCUGCGAUGAGGCCAAGUUUGAAGUCACGUUCGAAGGCCUGUGGUCGAGAAACACACACCCGAAAGAUUUCCCUAGUAAGGGUUGGCUCAUUCGAUUUUCGGACGUAAUUGGCGCAUCGCAUACCGGCGCAUACCGAUUCUGGAAUUACAACGGCAUGGCUAGCAUCGGACUGCGACAGGUGGCUGAGCUCGGAGCGACGCGGAAGUUGGAGUCCGAGUUAAAGGAUCGGAGCGAGCACAUCAGAACUAUAAUCAAAGCAAGAGGUAUCAGUUAUCCAAAUGUAACUGGUAGAACGUUUGCUGUGUUUCGAGUGGAUAGAAAGCAUCAUCUAAUGUCCCUGGUGUCUAUGAUCGAUCCUUCGCCGGAUUGGUUCGUAGGCGUUUCUGGUCUCGAGCUGUGCUUGCCUAAUUGCUCCUGGAUCGAGCACAAGCAACUGAACCUUUAUCCUUACGACGCUGGCACUGACAACGGAAUUACAUACGUGUCGACCGAUUCGCCGACGAAGCCGCAGGAGUCGAUUCGACGUAUCACGUCGACGUACCCGGACGAUGCGAGAUCGCCUUUUUACGAUCCGUCUGGUCUGGACAUGAAACCCCUCGCGAAGCUCUAUCUCAACAGACAGAGAUUGUACGAGAAGACCUGCGAUGACGCCGGCGAUACGAUGACUGAUACAGAAGCCUGCAAAGUAACGGCUUGGGGCGAAUGGAGCGCAUGUUCAGCCACCUGCGGCAAAGGCACUCAACUGAGACAACGUCAGUUUCGCGAAGAAACCGCCGCAAUCGCGAACAAAUGCAGCACACCUCUCACGGGUCGAAGAUCCUGCUACGACACACAAAGCCCGUAUUGCAUUAAUAACGGUCGUCACAACGGACUCUUGGAGAGCGAGAUGUGCGAGUUGACCCCGUGGAGCUCGUGGAGUCCGUGUUCGUCGAGCUGCAGCGAGGGCAGCAUGACCCGGUCCAGGAACUUCCGAGACAAGAAAUAUCGGAAGCAGUGCAGAGCCGUGCCGAAUGGACCGCAACUCCAGCAGUCGAUCGAUUGCGAGAACAAACCUUGCGAGGGCGAGGACGCGGAGGAGGUAAGGCGAUUGAAUCAUUUGGACAACGAUGACGAGGACGAGGAUUUUACCGAUGAGAGGGCGGACGGGCCCGGGGAGGAUUGGCUGCAGACAUGUGUUGCUGAACGAUACACGGAAUGGUCCAUUUGGUCGCCGUGCAGUGCUAGCUGCGGACCCGGCAUCAAGCUGAGAUCCAGGCAGCUGUUGAAUAAAGAAAACUUAGAUAAGGACGACGAGAAGUGCAAGAUGCAGAUGGUGCCGUGCAUAGCCGAAAUUUCGAGCUGCAAUUUCACGAGGGAGGAGAUAGAAAAGAUCUGUAGCGAACCCCCGAAGACGGGAAACUGUAAUGGGAACAUGUUACGAACCUACUUCGAUAAACAGACCGGCCGCUGUGAGUUCUUCAUAUACACCGGAUGCGAAGCCAAUCGAAAUAAUUUCCCAACCCGGCAGGAUUGUAACAAGGUCUGCGGUAAUUUCCAAAGAGAAUUGAGGGCGAAUCUGUCGGCAGUCAUGAAAAACUUGAAGGUGUCCCUUAGCAGCGUCCUCAGCUAUCAUAUCCCCGCUCAGGAGCAACGCAGCGCGAAAGCGAAGAGAGCGCAACACGAAAAGGAGAAUUUUAACGGCAUUCAAGCGAGCAGUCAGAUAAUGGAAUCGAGUGAGAAUGGCAAAGUGGACUGCGAGGUCUCCGAAUGGAGUAAAUGGUCCCGUUGUGAGAGCUGUCGCGGAUAUACAAUGAGCACCAGGCAAAUUAUGAUUCCAGCCGAGAAUGGGGGUAAAAGUUGUCCGAAAAAGAUGUCCCGAAAAAAGAAGUGCCACAAGGUUCCGCCGUGUUCUCUGCAGGGUGAUGGAACGGGUCGGCGAUUUCAUCGAGACAAAAAUACUGAUACCGAGCACGAGAUUUCAGUGGAUUGCAAAGUGACACCGUGGUCAACGUGGUCCAAGUGCAGCGUGACUUGCGACGAGGGGCUGCGAAAUAGGGUCAGAAGCGUGACGGUGAAGCCGAAGGGAGCCUGGGCGAGACUCUGUCCGACCUUGGUGGAAUUCAAGAAGUGCCGCCGGGUGGACUGUCCGCAGUAGAUGUAGGCGCAACGUUUUCGCAAUUUUGUCGCUCUCGACGGGCGAUUUACGGCGGUGCGUUCCGUCUCGAACGUUGGAACAUGACCAGACUGAUUAAACGAUUUCCUCUUCGAUACAUCAUCGAAAUCUCGAAGCGUUUAGGAGGAAACGGAACAGAAGUAUCGGGGGAUAAGAAUAACACUGGACGACAGUUAUUUUGUCGGACAUUGAUGCUUUUAACGUCAACAGUUGUUCGUUUAAAUAGCGAAUUAAUAAGAUAAAAGUCAGAGAGACAGCGAAUGAAAGGACGAAGUAAUUCAUUUGCGUUUGUUUUUAGUUAAAUUGAAGAGAUUAAAAAAUUUUAAAUAAUACAAGUUUAUCUUACGGUACAGUCAUAUCGUUUGCGUUUAUGAUUUCUACAUUUUUUAAAUUUCACUUGGUGAGAAAUAGCAAAGUGAACUUUCUGGAUUUUGAUUAUCGAUAUUGAUAAGGGGGAAAAUUCAGUUUCUCUCUCGUGAUACACACAGAACCAACAUUUAACUACACGGUACUUAAGACGAAUCGCACGAUUCACCGAUUACUUUCUAUGGAGAAUAGAAAAUUCUAUAAAGACGUUCGUGUUCCUCUAAACGGCUACGAUGAGGAAAGGGAUUCUGGGAGUGGCUUCUCUCUAUAUUCGUGUCCAUUCUCUGUCCUCCAGUGUAAUUUAUUACGCACAGAGAAAUCAUACCAGGCGUCCUUUCGCGACGCCCGUCGUACCGAUGUUGAAUUACUUAAUAGAAAGUUUCGUAUGACUUUAUUAAUCCUAAUGCGCUAUAACGCGCGACGUUUUUCUUUCCCAACAUGGUAUUAAGUUAAGGCAAAAUGGAUUUGCAUUCCAAUGCGUCAGUCGUGCUUAGAAAAGAGAGAACGUUAGAAUUUUUGCAAUUAUCAUACCCGUAACAGGACAAUGUCGACUAGCUGGAUAGAUUUUCGGCGAAAGGUGAAGACAAAUCACAUUUGAUAUCUGUCUAAUGGUAGCAAGAGGAUUAAAUCAGAAUGUAUCGCGGCGUAAUAAUAUUAAUGUUAAUUAAGUAAGUCGCUCCUCUCUAGCGCGAGUAGUGAAACGCGAAGGAGACCACUUCGACAGCACUUAUUUACACACGUACACGCGUGUCGUCAUAUUUGUAGCAUUUAUCACGCAUUACAGAUCUCAUUGCAAGACCAAAGUUUGUAUAACAACUUCAGUUGAAAACUGAGAACCACGAUAUUUUAAAAUACAAUUGUAAAAUGUGCGACGUAGACAUAUCAGUAGCUCGGUAGGCAGUAAGCCGUUUGUUUGGCGCGUAACGGAAAGUUUUAUUAAACAUGGAAUUCUCUUCAUUGACAAUAAUGAAAUUGUAGAUAUGGUACAAAAAAAAAGCUAUUUACCUGUUAUUCUUUUGUAACACCGUUAUAAUAUAUUCAAAAUAAAUAUAAUCGCUGUAAACAU